AUGUCUCACAACCAGGAUGAUCUGGCUUACGGCCGGUACCAUGGCGAUUCUCAGCGUGCCGACGAACAGGGCAGCGCAAGGAGCCUCGUCGGAGACACUUUCAACAUGCUGAAGAGCAAGUAUAAGACGCACCAGAGCUCUCAAUCGGGAGCUCCGCCAGGCAGCCAGAAUCAGCCGCCUUCGCAGGGCUAUGCACCACCAACAUAUGGCAGCCCGUACGAUCAGAACCCCGUACAGAACCCCGGGCAGAGCUACCCGUCGUACAAUAGCCCCGGCCCGAACCAAAGUUCGUCGAACCAAGGAAAACCCCCGAAGCAGGAUAAAAUGUCGGGUUUGUUUGGGAAGUUCCAAGGCGUCGUCGCGGACCUUGGAGGCGAGGUCGCUCAGCGUUUGGGAACUGCUAUCGACCCGCAAGGGUACGCGGAAUACGGCGCAAAGCCGCAAUCUCAGCAUCGCUUCGGCAGUUUUGCUCCCCAUCGUCAGGGAAAUGAUGUUCAGUGGUACGUCGAUGGGUGCUCGUAUUUCUAUGCUGUCUCCAAGGCGCUGGAGACUGCCAGGGAGUCAAUUUGGAUUCUGGACUGGUGGCUGUCACCCGAACUGUACCUCAGACGGCCUCCAGCGAAGAAUGAACAGUAUCGACUAGAUCGCUUGUUACAUGCAGCGGCGCAACGUGGAGUCAAGGUCAAUAUCAUCGUCUACAAAGAGGUCACGCAGGCGUUGACUCUUUCGUCUCACCACACGAAGCAUCAUCUAGAGGACCUCCAUCAGAACAUUGCCGUCUUCCGGCAUCCCGAUCACCUUCCCGACCGACAAGGCUUGGCCGCUUCAAUUACAUCAUCCCUUUCAAACCUGUCUCUAGACGCGCUGAAGCUUGGUCAGAUGUCUGUAGACGCCAUGAAGGGCGUUUAUGGCAUUCACGAGGGCAUGAUAUUGUACUGGGCUCAUCACGAGAAGCUUUGUCUCAUUGAUGGCGCUGUUGCUUUUAUGGGUGGGCUAGAUCUCUGUUACGGGCGCUGGGACACCCAUCAGCAUGCCCUCUCUGAUGUUCACGACAACCCCAGCGACAUUGUAUUCCCUGGCCAGGAUUAUAACAAUGCCCGAGUCCUUGACUUCACCGACGUUGCUCACCCGGACCAGAACAAACUCGACCGAACAAAAACAUCUCGUAUGGGCUGGUCUGAUGUAGCUGUGAGCUUCCAUGGUCCCGCCGUGGCAGAUCUGAGGCAUCUGUUUGUGGAACGCUGGAAUUUCCUCUAUGAUACCAAGUACCAGUCCCGAAAUAAUCCAAGGUUCUCGAAGCUGGUGCUCUACGGCCACCCCGGUCAACAGUCACACUCUCAGCAACAGCAAGGUACCCAGCAACAGCCUCCUUAUCAGCCUGGCUCCCAGCAGCAACCGGGGCAGCAAUCGUAUUCUCCGUCUCCACAACCACCUGCUCAGUCGGAUUACUCGACUCAGCCGAGCUGGAAUCUACAGCAACCUUCGUAUCAAACUGGUCAGCAACCGCCUUCGCACCAGUCGUACUCUCCUCAGCCGCCUGCUAGCCAAUCGCCACAGCCAAACUAUAGCCAACAGCACUCUUAUCAGACCGGUCAGCAGCAGCCCGUCCCGCAAGCAUAUACACCUGGACAGCACCCUCCUGGCCAGUCGUCCCAGCCCAAUUAUGCGCCGCAGCAGGCUUCUUAUCAACCGGCACAGCAUCAAUCUAGCGCUCCAUCGUAUCCUUUAUCCACUCAGCCAGUAAAUCAGUCGCCUCAAGAAAUCUAUAGCCAUCAGCAGUCUCCUCCUCAUCAACAUGGCCAGCAGUUCCAUUCCCAUUCACCACAGCCAAGCUGGAAUCAGCAGCAAGCCGAUCAACAGUCACACCCCGGAACCCCACAGGCCUCUGCUCAAACUUCCCAGCAAUCCUACUCAUACUCGGCUCAGUCGUUCCCUCCACCUCCCUCAGGACCGCCACCACCACAGAGCUCUGGUCUAGGGCAGUCGCCGUACUUCCCUCCUCCGCCUUCUCAGCCGACUCAAGAUGCUUCAUACUCUAGCUCGCGAGGUGCUUUCGACUACUACGACGAUGGGCAAGGUGACCGUGACCGGGCAUCUGGCGGGAGACCAGGACACGGAUCCGGAGGUCACGGGUCUGCAGCCAGUUUUGUGCCUCGUCGCUUCCGCGAGAAUUUUGAUUCUCUUCGUGGAGAAUUGGCAGGCCAGAUUCAUCAAUAUCAAGACAAACUCACUAGUGGCGCCUUGGGGCGACCUCAGCAGCGCGGCAACAUGACCUGCCAGAUUCUGCGUAGCUGUGGGAAAUGGAGUAACGGCACUCCGACCGAACAUUCCAUCGCAGAUGCAUACUGCGAGAUCAUCCGCAACAGUGAACACUUUGUUUACAUCGAGAACCAGUUCUUCAUCACUGCGACUGGUGACAAGCAAAAGCCUGUGAAGAACCAGAUCGGUACGGCGAUUGUUGAGCGUAUUCUUCGGGCAGCUCGCGCUGGUCAAAAGUACAAGAUCAUCGUUGUCAUCCCCACCGUUCCAUGCUUUGCUGGAGACCUCGCAGAUGAAGCUGCCCUUGGCACUCGGGCCAUCAUGGAGUUCCAGUACAAUUCCAUCAACAGAGGGGGCAACAGCAUAAUGGAGCUUAUCGCUAAAGAGGGGUACAACCCCAUGGAGUACAUUCGGUUCUACAAUCUCCGCAACUAUGACCGGAUCAAGUAUACCGACCCUAGACUAGCCCCUCAGUCCACUGGCAGCGGGUUCGGACCCGCUCAUCGCCCUGCCUUUGAUACAUCUUCUGUCUACCAAUCGAAUACUCCAUCACCAGCCCCAGGUCCCAAAUCGGGCGCUGGGAGAUGGGAUACUGUGAGCGCGUGCUACAUGCUCAACGGUCCAGACCUUCGGAAUAUUCCUUGGGACGGUCCGAGCGAAGCGGAGAUUGACGCUUUUGUCACAGAAGAACUCUAUGUCCACUCUAAGGUUAUGAUUGCCGAUGAUCGUGUUGUCAUUUGCGGAUCCGCCAACAUCAAUGACCGGUCCCAGCUGGGAGACCACGACUCGGAAAUCGCGGUUCUCAUUGAGGACACGACCCCUGUUCAGUCGGUGAUGAAUGGAAGGCAGUGGAUGGCCAGCCGUUUCGCCUCUUCCCUUCGACGCCACCUCUUCCGAAAGCACCUGGGCCUGCUUCCCCCGCAGGACUACGAGCAUGUCAAUGACCAUUUUGACUUUGACUCCCCUGAAAGCCAAGUUGUUGCUGACCCACUGGCGGACACGUUCCUCAGCCUUUGGAACACACGGGCCCAUACCAACACCGAAGUCUUUAGAGAAGUCUUCCACUCUGUUCCCGACGAUACAGUGCGCAACUGGACCACAUACAAGGAGUUCUAUGGAUACUACUUCAAGAAUGCAGACAAGCAGGCAUUCGGCGAGAAGAUAGAUGGCGCGCCAGCACCGUACAAGUACGGGCAUGUAGUCUCCGAGAAGUUCCCAGGCCUUGAGGGUGUACAGCGUGUCAAGGAACUUCUCAGUCAGGUGAAGGGAACAUUGGUGGAGAUGCCACUAAUGUUCCUGUGCGAGGAGGAUGUGGCUGAAUCGGGAUUGACGCUUAAUGAUUUGACAGAGCCUCUCUACACUUAG